AUGGCACUGUUGAAUAACAAAGACUUUGAAGAAGGACUACCAUCUUCGUUAAACAUUUUUACUUUACCUCCCUAUCAGACCAGUGUAUUUCAACACUAUUAUGUCAACGUGCGUCCUCUGAGUCAAAUCAGCGAUUCAUCACCAGUGGAAUUUCAAAUGUCUAAUAGUGGAAGUGAUUAUAUCGACCUGAAACGAACACGCUUGCAUCUCAAAGUGAAAGUCGUGCAUGCAGAUGGAACGGCUUUAGCGAAGGACGAACAUGUGGCUCCAGUAAAUUUAUUUAUGCAGGCUCUGUGGUCUCAGGUGUCCGUCUACCUCCAAGGACAACUCGUGUCGUCCACAAACAAUCAUUAUGCAUACAAGAGCAUGAUACAAACAUUGCUGAAUUUUGGAGUUGAGGCUAAAGAGACACAGUUACAGUCACAGCUGUUUUACAAGGAUGAUGGAGAGGUUGAGACAGAUAUCGAAAGCACAGACCCAAUUACAGGAAUCAAUACUGGGGUAGCCAAUCGAGGUUUCUUCAUCACAAAAAGUGCAAUUCUCACGCUCGAAGGGCCGAUCAAUGAAGAUCUUUUUAAUAUGAAUCGAUAUCUGGUUAAUGAAGUGGAUAUGAGUUUGAAAUUUUACAGAUCCACUCCAUCCUUCAGUCUAAUGAGUGGAAAGAGUGGACAAGAAUACAAAAUUGAACUUUUGGAUGUCUACCUAAAAGUGUGUAAACUGAAAAUCAACAGUGCAUUGAUUCUAGCACACAACUCAUUAUUUGAAAAGAACAAUGCCCUCUAUCCCUACAUCAGAAGCGAGGUAAAGAUGAUCAGCAUACCCUCCACGCAAUUGAAUCACACGUGGGAUAACAUGUACAAUCACGUGGCCAAUCGCUAUGUAGUGGGCUUCGUAGAUAGUGCGUCAGUCAAUGGCUCUUACACUGGUAAUCCAUUCAACUUUACAGCUUCCAAUAUCAAAACGGUGGCUAUGUACGUGGAUGGAAUCAGUGUGCCAGGACGUCCCGUGGAAGCAGAUGACGUUGGAGCUUACGUUAAUCUGUUUGAUGGGACUGAUAUGUGGAUGAACAAUACGGGGAAUGGUAUAUCUAGAGAUGAUUUUUUGCUUGGGUCUGCACUUUUCGUAUUUUCACUCGAGCCGACUUUUAUGGAGGGAGAGUAUUUGAACCUCGUUAAAAGUGGAAACGUGCGAGUGGAGAUUGAAUUCAAAAAAGCUCUCACCAAGACAAUCAACUGUAUAGUUCUUAUGCAGAGGAAUUCUAUCAUUGAAAUCGAUCAAACACGUAACGUCUUUCUCAAAUGA